GCGAGGGAGGUGGGAUUUGGGUGUUUUGUGGGCUUUGCCUCCCCCCCCUUUCAAGCGUGCGGCGGUGCUGCCUAUGUGGUCCAUUUUGUGUCUGCGCGCGCACGCCGGCUCCUUUUUUCCCUCCCCUUUAAGCAGCGCUUCCUCACUCCCACACACUCCUUUUUUAAUUUUUUUUUUUUUUGUCCUCCGUCAGGCGCCUGAGGGGGUGGCUGGGCGGCGGCGGCCUCUCCGACUCUUGACUGACUGACUCGGCGUAGGCCGCUGUGCGUGAGUGAGGGAAAGAUGUCCGGAGGCUGGGGCCGGGACAGCAUGGACUACGGCGGCGGCGGGGCCGGGAUGUCCGGGGGCGGCCGGGGCGGCAGCGGCGGGGCGGGCGACGGCCGCAUCUACGUGGGGAACCUCCCGGCCGACGUGCGCGAGAAGGACCUGGAGGAGCUCUUCUACAAGUACGGCCGCAUCCGGGACAUCGAGCUGAAGAGCCGGCGCGGCCUCGUGCCCUUCGCCUUCGUGCGCUUCGAGGACCCGCGAGAUGCAGAAGAUGCAAUUUACGGGAGGAAUGGUUAUGAUUAUGGCCAGUGUCGCCUGCGUGUUGAGUUCCCCAGACCUUCCAGAGGUCGGGGUGGAGGCUUUGGUGGGGGGCCUCGUGGGAGGAAUGGCCCUCCUUCACGGCGUUCUGAAUUUCGAGUCCUUGUUUCAGGGCUUCCUCCAUCAGGCAGCUGGCAGGACCUGAAGGAUCAUAUGCGCGAAGCUGGUGAUGUAUGUUAUGCAGAUGUACAGAAAGAUGGAAUGGGGGUGGUUGAGUUUCUCCGCAAGGAAGACAUGGAAUACGCACUGCGUAAACUGGAUGACACCAAAUUCCGAUCUCAUGAGGGUGAAACGUCCUAUAUCAGAGUCUGUCCUGAAAGAAGCAUCACCUAUGGCUACUCGCGCUCCCGUUCUGGUUCAAGGAGUCGCGAUUCUCCAUACCAAAGCAGGGGAUCACCACGCUACUCCUCUCCCUUCAGGCCAUUCUGAUUGCACCCAACAGGGACUCCUAAAAAUGUGAACUGAGCUUUUUAUUUCUGCUCAGAGUUUACAUUCCAAAAUGGAUGGAUAUAGUCUUUCGUAGGAAGCCUUGUUUCCCCCCCCCUUUUUCCUUUCUAUUCAAUAAAAUCUUUUUUUAUGACUUACA